AUGUCAGUUUAUGAUCCUACAAGUUCGACAGACGUAGAUCAUCGGCGGAAAUGGGAUCGGGAGGAAUAUGAACGAAAAGCGCAAGAACGGCUAUUGGCAGAAAAAGACGAAGAAACAAAAGGGAAGCGUAAGUUGCCACGAUUCCCGGACGAGCCGAAAGUGAAACGGGAAUUGUUGAAAGCUCGAGAGUACAAGGUUGAUUUGGAAUCGAAAGUGGGUCGUACAGUGGUUAUCAAUAAAACAACACCAUCAGCUGAAACUGGUGGAUACUACUGUGAUGUUUGUGAUUGUGUUGUUAAAGAUUCUAUCAAUUUUCUGGAUCAUAUUAACGGGAAGAAUCAUCAACGUAACAUGGGUAUGAGUAUGAAGAUAAAACGAAGUACAUUGGAUGAAGUACGACAGCGAUUUGCUUUCAAAAAAGCUCAAAAAGAAAUGCAAAAAAAGGAAGAUGAUAUGCAUAGCAGACUGGAUGAUUUAAAAGAGGAAGAGGCCCGUAUGGCUGAUUAUAAGAAAUCUAAGCGCUUGGGACAGAAAAAGCGGAAAUAUCCUGAAGUACAAAUUGAUGAAGAGAUUGCUGCAGCUAUGGGGUUUGGUGGAUUUGGUACCACCAAAAAGUAA